AUGCUCAGGGUGCAGAUCAUAGUUGCCGCGGUGAUACUUGGGACUCAACUGGCAGUCACGGUGUGGGCCGUCCUGGCAUUUCCCCCAGACGAGCGAGGCACCGGGACCUUCUUCUGGGGCGACUGUUCCAGUAUCGACACGACUGAUCGAGCGGUUCAUGUGGCUCUCAACAUUGUGUCGUCCCUCUUCCUAGGAGUCGGGCACUACUGCAUGCAAAUCCUCGUGGCUCCAUCUCGUCAGGAACUGGAUUCUGCGCACCGCAAAGGAAAGGCCAUGGAGGUAGGAGUGCCCAGUCUCAAAAACCUGGUGAGAAUCAAACCAAAGCGGGCGGUCGCGUGGGUCAUGAUUGGGGCUAUUGCGACACUCUUGCAUGUCUUCUGGAACUCGUUCAUCUUCACGUCAUUACCAAUCGCAGUCAUCCCCGUCACUAUAGCCACGGCCGACUUCCAGACAGCAGCAUACAACUGGACAGUUUCCGAUCCUCUAGCUCACUUUUCCUCCUGGUGGGGUCGUAUGCCUGGCUAUGAGGAAGAGCAGAAGUCGAUGAUUUACACCCUGCAAUCUGCCGCCGCGAACUUUACUCGUAUCGACGUUGAAUCGUGCGUGCGACGCUACGUUGACCCGAGGGAACCCACCAGUCCGCUCAUCGUGGUGGCCCGGAAUGUGACCACAGCGCAGAACAACGGUUCCUCGCUGAUAGACGGUGGGAUACUUGGAUGGCUGGGAUGGGAGUGGUCCAACUCCUGGAUCUGCCAGGCCUAUCAGCCGGAGAUAUGGCGAUACUGCAACUGGGAUUUCGCAAAGACAUUUGUCGACCAGUGGACGUUGGGGCAGCAGAGGGGAAUCCUGGUUGAUCAUUGCCUGGUGGGAGAGGGAGCCGACAACACGAAAAGGUGCGGCCUCCAUUAUAGCACACAGGUUGCGAUUACUGUGUGCAUCUGCACCCUUUUGGAGACCUUGCUAGUGUGCUGGACUGUAUUUCAUCACACUAGCCAAGCGAAAAGGGGGCGAUACACGCAGGCCUUGAUCACUACAGGAGACGCGAUUCAGAGCUUCCUUGACACUCCAGAUACGCCAAGCAAACAGGCCGUAGAAGACGUAACGGCAGGACACCCUAGACAGCGAAGUGUCGAGUUGACCGUCGCGACAUGGCGUACUCAUGCUCGCAUCCCGUGGUUCAAAGCCAUCAGCCCUGCUUUCUGGGUGACUUCACUCGUGCUCUUUGCUACAGGCGUGACUGUCUGCUCGUACGUCUUCUGGAUGUCGGUUGACGGUCGGAAGGCCGCUGGGCUUGACACGAGUCUCGCAGGAGUAUGGAAGGACGGCUUCGGCGUAAGCCCAACGAUGAUCGCUAGCGACCUCCCCGGCUCCUUGUCGGGCAUCGAUCGCUCAGGGACCACGGCACUGCUGGCCAACAUACUGAUUGCCAACAGCCCGCAGGUCAUGGUCAGCUUCCUUUACAUAUUCUACAACGGCAUUCUCACACGCCAGCUGGUUGCUGAUGAAUGGGUGCGGUUCCUUCGCAAGGAUGGCAAGAAGGCUUUGCGCGUAUCGUCGCCCAUGGGGAUGCAGCGGUCAUCUCAUUUUCUCUCCUUGCCGUUCAGGUACUCGGUACCCCUGAUGACAGUCUCCAUACUCCUGCACUGGCUCAUAUCCCAGAGCAUCUUCCUGGUUCAAUCCAGUGCCUUCAGCGCGGGACCCGACGGCCAGCGUCUUCGCAUGAGCGACUAUUCGGCCAGAGGGUUCACUUUGUUAGGGACUGGUCUGGCAAUUGCCCUUGGAUUGGUCGCUUUGGCAGCACUGCUGCUUAAUUCUCUGAUCCGACGCUACCAUGAUAUUCCUCCGGGGUUUCAGCGCAUGGCGUUCCACAGCAUGGCUAUUCAGGCGCUUUGCCAACGACCAGAGGGUGACUCGGAUGCUGCGUUUUUCCCAGUCAGGAUCGGGGUCACGAGUGCAGAUGCGGGAGCAAGUGCGACACGCUGUUGGCCUCGAGUUGUUUUCUCCACGGAUACGGAGUUGCAGACACCGAAGAACGGGGAACGUUACCUCCAGCCCGUGUUCGUCGACGAAGCGAGUCCAUGGCGCAAGCUUCUUGUCAUGGGACGGGGAGCUAUCGAUCGGGUCUGGGCGGCUGCAAGUCGCUUCUGGAGUCGCCUUGUCUCGGACACGAGGCUCCAGAACCUCGCUCGCCCAAAGAGGCUGGAGGACAGCGAUGAAGAUGGCUUUCCGUUGUGUGAGGAAACACGUGAGUUCAUCUUGGUGAGCCAAUGA